AUGAAGAUAUGUCUACGCUAUCUCGGUGACCCUGGAUAUCAACAAGGUAUUGGUCAGGAACUUGGUGUUAGUCCAGCAACGGUAUCUCGGACUGUGGAUAGAGUUGUGAACAGCAUAGUUGCCCAGUCGCACGAAUGGAUCAAGUUUCCAACUACCAACCAUCAACUGAUGGAGGCCAAGCGGAUUUUUCAAAGCAUGUAUAAAUUUCCAGCAAUUUGUGUAAUUGAUUUUACACAUAUACAAGUAGGAAUCCUGAACCCAAAUCGCCAUCGAGAUGAGUAUAUCAACCGAAAAGGGAAACCUACUUUGAAUGUGCAAGCCAUUUGA